AGUAAUUCAUUCUUUUUGUUUUACUUCCGUAUAAGUUAUGGUUAUCAUUUAGGCUGUAGUAUAUUUUGUCGUGUAUUUCAAGCCAAGGAAGAAUGGGAAGAUGGGUGGCGGCCAGGGUCUUCUUUUACUAGCACUAUUAGAAGAGUGCUCUCGGGUUCUCCCUCCCUCCUUCCCUCUCAAUCUUUAUGCUGCGCUCUCAGCUCUCCGCGCUCACAGCGUCUCCACAUCGCACUGAAAGCAAAGUGUGCGCUCCACGCCGUGCCCAUGCCGCCUCAUCCUGCCUUUACGCACGGAACAAGACUUUAGAAGCGGGGAUACCUGCGCGUUUUUAGGAUACAGAAGCAACGUGUGACUUUUUCCCCCUAGAUUUAAAGGCGCUUCAGGCUGUCUGAGAUGGUGAAGGAAGUCUUUUCUAAACUACAAACGGCUAGAGAUAGAUAGGCCUGGGGAAGGCUGAGAAACUUUUGAAGAGACCUGAAUAAGCAAACAUCAGCACAAAAAAAAGUUAAGAGGGAGAAGGAAAAGCGCUGUUUGGGCCCUGCCCAGGCGGGUUCAUUAACAUUAACAGCAAAGCCAAUAGGUCGUUUGGUUGUUUUUUUCUUUUUCUUAAGGGGGUCCCUCACCAACCAGCAAGAUUUCGUCCAAAAGCAGACAGGAGGAGCGUCCCGCGCUGACGAGACUAGUCGGCAGGAAGCGGUUGAUCGCGGCCGGGGUGCUCGGAGUGGUCAUGGUGCUCGUGCUGGUCGUGCUCAUCCCGGUGCUGGUGAACUCGGCCGGCACUUCGGCACAUUACGAGAUGCUCGGCACGUGCAGGAUGGUGUGCGAUCCGUACGGCACCAAAUCCCCGAGCAGCACGGCCACGGCAGACACGGCGGCGCGCGACACCGGCCUCGUGCAAUCACUGCCCACCUUCAUCCAAGGGCCGAAAGGAGAGCCGGGACGGCCCGGGAAGACGGGACCGCGGGGACCGCCUGGAGAGCCAGGUCCUCCAGGACCCGCAGGCCCGCCUGGAGAGCGGGGAGAGCCGGGACGGCCAGGCUUACCAGGACCCCCGGGGCCAAACGGCGCUGGCGCUAUCAGUGCCGCCACCUACAGCACCGUGCCAAAAAUCGCCUUCUACGCGGGCCUUAAGAAGCAGCAUGAGGGUUACGAGUUACUUAAGUUCGACGACGUGGUCACUAAUCUGGGGAAUCACUAUGACCCGACCACAGGAAAGUUUACCUGCUCCAUACCGGGGAUCUAUUUCUUUACUUACCAUGUGCUGAUGCGGGGUGGAGACGGAACCAGCAUGUGGGCAGACCUCUGCAAAAACAACCAGGUGCGCGCAAGCGCCAUUGCGCAGGACGCAGACCAGAAUUACGACUACGCCAGUAACAGCGCGGUGCUGCACCUGGAGCCCGGGGAUGAAGUAUACAUCAAACUGGAUGGUGGCAAAGCACACGGAGGCAACAACAACAAAUACAGCACCUUCUCUGGCUUUAUCAUCUACGCCGAUUAGGACACGAGCUUUCUUCCUUUUACCGGGCUUUUCCGACCCAUGUCCUCCUUUUCACACUCACUUUUCCUUUUCAACCUCAAGCCUCCCCUACAGAGCCAGUGGCUGGUGACGCACUCCCUCAUCUGUGCCAUUCACCAUAAACAUGUUACUGAAAGAGUGUGUGGGCGGGACGUUCUGUCUCUCUGUGUCUAAUUCAGAAGUCACACACUUGAAGGACAAGUGAUAUAAUCCCAUCACUGAGAAGAACACGGGAGAACAAAAUCAUCAGUUCCUAAAAAAAACAAAAACAAAAACAAAAAACACCCCAUCGCUCGUCGAUCGACAAAGCAGUUACUUGUACUGUAAGUUGUUGCUUCUGUAGUUAACAACAAAGUCUAUCUGUAAGAUGCAUUGUAAUUAUGGAAAUGAGAUCACUAGUAGGCUAUGUGCAAUAAUGUUCACAAAAAUUAGUCUCAUGACCAUAUUUAAAAUAUUCAUUGGUAAUCGCUGGUAGGCCUAAUAAAGUUCAUAUGUCGCCCGACAACUUAAACCCAUGUUAAAUCAUUGCUCAUUGCCGCGUCCCAUUCAGAAGGCAGCUGCCUUAGUAGGUAACCUAGAUUUAUUUUCUCUCUCUGUGUUAGGCUGAGAAAAAAACUUUUACUAUGUAUAGCAUUCAGGUCUCCCUUCAUCCUGAUUAUAUGUCAGCACUUCUAAUGUGCUGUGUACCUGAUAUUUGCGUAAUCAUAAUGGACACUUCGCAAAGAGGCUGAUGACAUAUCUCCGGUUUAGUUACAUUAUUUAGCACCAAUCAACCUAUCAGCACACACAUACACAGAGUGUUACACAUGGUCCGUUCAGGAUUAGCACACUAGCGCAAACCACUACAAGUGUAUAUUGUGUUUAACUUUCUAAUGGUGAAGCAUGGCUAUAAUCAUGAUAUAUAACAUGUAGAAUAUGACCAGGGGGCAGAGGACACCAAUAGUCAUGAUCCACAGCUGGUGCCUCAUGCUAUACUGUUACUAGUUACUGUUACUGUAGCUAGUUCAUAUACUCUUUUUUUUGCACAUAUUUGUUUUUGCAUAUCACUCAUAUUGCACAUACACGUCUUUGCACAUAUUCAACUUUGCACAUAUGCUAU